AUGUCCUCCUUGUGGAUCGUGUGGAUCAUCGUGCAGGAGUACGGGUACGCGCUGACCACCGCAAGUAAGCUGCAGCCGACAGCUGAGGAGGGUUGCGAUCGGGCCAGUGUGAAUCGAACGAUCGCGCACGACGACCCACAUGAACCGCGAUUGCCGCUCGCAGCCAAGCCGCAGUACAUUGACUACAAGCUACACUAUGGUUUGCGGUACAAUCCACCACCACUCCAAGCCCCAGUCAGAAACGUCAGUCAGGAGCGGGAACGCAAAAAGCUGCUGCUGUCAGCAGGCCAAUUGGGCGCGCACGUCGAACCCCUUGCGCCGCCGCUGCUGACCGUGUUUCACAUCAUCUCAUUCGUGAACGGGCCUUGUGUGUCGAGACGCCAACCGGACGAUGGUAUUGCCUGGGCGGGCGUGUGCUACAACGAGCAGGAGUGCAUAAUAUUGCACGGCAUGCCGAUGGACAGCUGUGCCGGCGGAUUCGGCGUGUGUUGCGUCUUUCGGUUCGGGUGCGAUGGCAGAACGGAGCAGAACGUCAGCUACUUCCACAGCCCGCACUAUCCAGCGGCCGCGACGGACUCGCUAUCGUGCGGUUUCACCCUGCUGCUGCAGCGCACCGUGCGCCAAGUGCUGCUCGAGUUUGUGUUCUUCGAACUGCAGCCGCCCCAGCUCGGUAACUGCGUGGAGGAUCAGUUCAUCGUGUCGGUGCAGAACGAUCAGCGGCCUCACUAUCCAGUGUUGUGCGGCAUCAACACGGGACAACACAUGUAUCUCGACAUCGAUCGGGCAUACUCACACAGUUUGUAUCUGAGCACAGUCUUUAACUCAAAACAACCGCGGGCCUUUCUCGUGAAGAUAACGCAGCUGACGACGAUCCGCGCUCCGGCAGGCUGCCUGCAAUUUCAUGAGGGCGUGAGUGGGGUGCUGAAGUCAUUCAACUACGACAACGGGUCGGUUCUAGUGACAAACCGCAAGGCAAGCUAUUUCAACAAUCUAAACUACGCCAUCUGCAUCCGCCGCCACAAAAUGUUCUGUAAUGUGGUGAUCACCAACACGGACGCGGCCAACGGCAGGGAAAACACGUUUCAGCUCGUGAACAUUGCGAAAGAUGGGAGCAGUCUCGUGCCGCCCGACCAAGCUGGGAUAGAGGUGUUUAGCUGUCCGGACGAUUUCAUCGCCAUCGACUUUGUACGGCUAUGCGGUGAGCGGCUGAAUGAUGGUAGUCUGGUGACGGACGCCAGCAUCAACCAGCCGGUCACGUACGGGAGUGCCGGUCCAAUCGUGAUAGCGGUUCGGACUGACCAAGCGACAGUUGGGCGCGGGUUCAAUCUUGCCUACAUGCAGCUCGUUUGUACGGUACAAACACACUCCAGGGAUCAUCAGGUUGUGGAUUUACUACCUUGAUAGCGCAAAAUUAAUGAUACGAGUAAGACCCGUUAUGAAUUUCAUUAACACUACUCCUCUCUGGAGCCACCAUUAUUGAUUUCGGUUAACGAAAUUCGCGAAGUCGGGGAAAAUCAGAUGAGCGGUUAAAAAGCAGUUAGGCGUUAGAAUUGUAAGUGUUUAUUUAAACUCAAAAUGAAUUCGGGGAAGGUUAUUUUCUCUUCCUUUUACGCAUAUGUUCGUGUCGCUAGCCUUUUCCCUUUUCGCCACGCCUACGCAUUCUUCUGGGAGCUUUCCUGGUUCUGGUGUACUUUUUUAUGUCAAGCGUUAUAGAUGGAAAUGUGAUCCUUUUUUUAUUGCUUUCUCUGGUGAGGACAAAAUUGUUGCAUUGAUUGCAUGCGUUGUGGAUUUCCCUUUUGGCGUAACUGUACCUAACACUUGAAUCCUUUUUUUAUUGCUUUCUCUGGUGAGGACAAAAUUAUUGCAUUGAUUGCAUGCGUUGUGGAUUUCCCUUUUGGCGUAACUGUACCUAACACUUGAAUCCUGUAUGUUCCGAAUGUAUUGCAUCAUUGACAAAUACUUGAACUUAUUGCUUUUCGACUUCAUUAUCUGGUUAAUGUUAUUGACGCAUCUGCGUUUGUGUGAUUUUAAGGUUUAAUAAUU